AUGAGCAAUAAAUCCAUUGAACAGGCAUUGGCCAACCUGCUUCCCACCCUCGCUGACUCCUUACCAAGUGACCUGGUUCAGUUAACUGCAUUUUUACUAACUCAGUCGCGAACCCAUGGAAACGUAAAGGCUGAAGUAGAAAUAGCAAGACCAUAUGCAUGCGCUGAAAUUGCUUGUAAAAGGUUGAGCAAGUCGCUAAAACUUCCCCCUCCGAUCAGCCGGCCGCCGUGCCCACCGAGGUUAUACAAGAAUCUAUAUAAACAUUUGGAUCAAGUGCUCUCAAGCUCGUCUGCUGGGCCGGAACGCCAGAAGAGGAAUGAUUCCCGGCUUCGGCCGAGACCUGCUGCAACACAAAGCCAUGAGCCAGCACCUUCUGUUGCGCGGUCAAAGUCGAAGUCGACGGUAAAUAAAUCGUCUCCGGCGAAAUCACAAAAGCGGCCUAGACAAGAAAACACGAGGGUAAUCAAAUCCACAAAGAUUCAAGAUGCACCUUCGUGGACGAUGCCAAUGAUCAGGAGGAUAUGCAAGGCGCUCUCCCCACACCUAUCAAACCUAUACCCUACUGCACCGCCAGAUGUCUCAAUAACGUUCGCUCCGCAUAUUUUUGCGGGAAUCUCGACAAUAUUAUCCCUCAAUGAGAGGGCGAUAUCUGAUAUCCCCGGGCAGUUUGAAACAGAGGAGAAGGAUUUGAUGUUGGCAGUUACAGCUGAGAACUAUGAUCUUGAAAGCGAGUCCUACCGUGCUGGAGUGAUAGCGCUCGCAAUAGCAGUUUACUUUAUGGUUCUCGUGCGUAUCCUUGGGCUAGAUCAAAACGGGACGUCUCGUGGACGAGGCACAUUUGAUGACGAUACGCUCAAAGCGCUAGCUACGGCCGCUCUAAAGAGCGAAAACGUAACCGAUGAGGACCUGGUGGUGAAGGAUGUUGAGGCAUGGAUCCUGAUUGUUAUCAAAGCCAAAUGGAUGAAUGGCCAUGACUGGUUUGAGAAUGUUCCCCAUCCUGAUAGCGCUGAGGACGAGGAGGGUGAGGGCUCUGAAGAUUCAGGGGAAGAUGAAGAUGAUGGCUAUGGUGUUAUUAGCGCCAAGAAGCGCAGAUUGAUGAAUCGAAAUUGUUACCCGGAUUGA